CAGUCUCUGCAAUGCAUGAUCGGAGCCUUGCCGCCAAGCCAUCUGCAAACACCAGGGAACCGCAGAAAUCUAAUCGGUGCUUAGUGUGUCCUUUUAAUGGUACGGUGUGCAAUUUAUAAUUGCAGAAACGGGCACAAGAAUUCUUCAAGAUUAAGUGGAAUAACAUUUCACAGAAUCGUCGUACCUAGGAAAGGUAGCCUUUACGAAUGGUAACAAAGAGGAAAAGAAGCUUGGACAAGCAAAUGCUAGGCUAGGCCUAUGCUUAUGGAUUCGGCAGCCAUUUAUUUUGAGUGUUUUUCCAAGAAAACAUUUUCAUUAAAGUCAUGCAUGGAGGGAGCACCGGUAUCAAGGCAUUUCAAGUUGGCCUGCUGGGCACAGCGGGCAGUAACCUUAGAGGCUUAACUGGUUAUCGUCGUUUAAUGUUUACAAGAAGAUUGCACGUUGGCUGGAGACACCUUCGCUUAAAGGAUCCAAAACGGGAUUGGACUCCAAAAACGAACUCGCCUGGAAACCCAUCAAUUAAAAGUCAUGGUUUUGAUAAACCAAGUGCAAUUAUUUGGAGCUUGCUUGUUGGACGUGGACGUCAUAUACAAGCACUUGAGGACCUGAAAGAACUAGCUCAAGUGCUAUUACGAUUAGUUACACGUCAAUUUGAAGUUCAAACUGCUGAAAGAAUUCGUCGCGGAUUGCAGCUGUAUUCAGUUUAUUCUCGCCUUUGGGGUGAAGAGGCUGCCAGGGCUUGGCUGAAAAGCAUUCGGCGAGUACUGAUUACAAGAGGAAGGCGCUUUCUUCUUUCUGCUGUGUGCUUUUCAAAUUACAAUUGGGAUGCUAACAAGAUAUCUGAUGAGUCUUUGAGAAGUGCUGUGAGAGACUUGAAUAGUGUUGAAGAGCUUUGCAGGGCAACAGUUCAAUGUGAUAGUUGUGGGAAAAGGCAGGUGAUUGACCAGCAGAUGGCCAGGAUUGACUAUUGUAUGUGUGAUGGGCAUUUAGGUUAUACCAACACAUCACGUGUGUAUGAUUCAUGGGAGCCUUUUAUUGAACGAGCACAUCACAUAGUGUGGCGUAAAAAACAUGAAGUUCAUCAGCAUCUUUAUGCAUAUAAAGUCUAUGGUACAUAUGAUGAUGUUUCUUUAAGUGCCUUCAUGGAAGUUCAGCUGAACAGUGACUUCAGAACUGAAUGGGAUGAUACAGCAUUGCAGUUACGUGUUUUAGAUUCUCAGAAAGAAUCUAAUUCAGAUCUAAUAUAUUGGCUUGUUAAAUAUCCGCAUUUCUUUGCAAAUAGGGAUUACAUCUAUAAGAGGCGCUUCAUGUGGAAUGAAGAAAAGCAAGAAGCAGUCAUCCUGAAUGAAGCAGUAUCUCUCAAUAAUAUUCCUGAAGAAAAGGGAGUUCAUCGUGUGUCUGAGUAUUGGUCUACCAUGGUCAUCAGAGCCAAAGAGGAUGCAAGUAAGCCUGGUUUGGAGUACACUUUGACCUAUUUUGACAACCCUGGAACAAGUUUACCUCAGUGGUUGACCAACUUUAUUGCUGUGACUGGAUUUCCAAGUUUUCUUGAGAAAGUUCAUGAAGCAGCUGUAAGUCUCCAAGCCAUUCAUGAAGAAGGAAAGGACGUUUACAUAAGUCUUCCAAAAGAGCUAAGAUAUGCACAUAUCCCAAAAUUUAAAAAACCAUCUUUGAAGGAACCAACUGAAUUUAAAGUUACAGUAGACAAAGAUAUGAGACCAGUUAUUAUAGAUGUUCCUCAGGUAAUGGCAACAAUUAAGGACAGUGAAGAUCUAAUGCCAUUAUUAGAAGAUAGUAAAAGGGAGAUGAUAGAAGGAAUUGAUAUUGUAAAUGAAGAAUCAAGCAAAGGCUCUGAUGACAUAAUUGAAAUUCAGGGUCACAUGCCAGCUGUUGCUGAGUUGCUAGAGAGAGAGGAAAGCAAAGAAGAAAGGGGAGAGAUGGAAGAUCUUAAUAAGAAUAUUGAAGAAAAGGAAUUUAUAGAAAAAUUGGAUGAGAAAUUUGUUCCAAAAGCUGAACCUGAAGUAAAUGAAGAAAUUUUCAAGUCUGAAAAUAAAACUUAUAACAAGCCGGAAAAUGAAAAGGAUACCACUUUUGACUCGAGACAAGACAAUAAAAUUAUUAGUGAAUCAAGUAGAAUAACUUCAGAUCUUGAUAUAAAUAUGACUGGCCCUGAUGCAGAUAAAUCUUUGCAAGUUCAGCUUGGCAGUAAGGUGGUAGAAGUUGACAUUUUAGAAGGUAUGGAAGUGGUUGCUCCAAAUUUAGAUAAAAAGACAGCCUUGUCAAAGAAUGUUGAGAAAUUAGCUACAAAGGCAUUUGAAGAACUUGAAAAUAGGACAGUUUUAGUAGAACGACUUAAGAGCAUUAGGAGAAAAUUAAAACUUUUUAAGAAACAUGCUAUUGAAAGAAAGGAAAUAUCUCUGAAAAAAAUGGAGGAGUUUGAAAACCGCAGUAGAUAUGAAUCAUUUGAUGACCAAACUCAAAAGCAUCUUGAAAAAUUAUUUGAUGCCAUGAGAGAAGUUCUUCAGGCAGAUAAGGAUAUGCGUACUGGCAAAGGUCUAAUGUCAAGUUCAUCUGUACAUGUUGAUGAAGGUAAAGUUCACAGCAGUUGUGAAUCAGAUGAUGGGGAUCCCUGCAAUCAUAAUUCUUUUGUUAUACAAGCAGAACAGCCCUCUGACCAUGAAGAUGUUAGUAUUCUAUCAAAUGAAAAAGAAUUCUCAGACUCCCCUGUUGAAAAGAAUUCAAAUGAAAAAGAUAAGACUUCUAAAAAGGAAUCCAGGUCAUCAGAUGACCCUCCUCCUCCUCCGCCUUCACAGCCAUCUGUAUCAGAAGAUCAGGCAGAUUCAGUCACAGAAUCAGAAAGUUCUAAAGAGAUCACCAGCACCGAAAUUGAAACUUAUAAUGGCAUAGACACUGUUGAUUAUGACCCACAAAAUCAUUUCAGUUAUAAUGCAAGGAAAUCAUGGCUAUCCUUCCCAAAUCCCAUGGGCUGGUUGGAACAAAAAAAGAAGGUAGGUAUUGAAGUUAUGCCAAGCAUUAAAGAAGAAAUUGAAGUAAAUGACAGCGAAAAUUAUGUGAAUAGCAUUGUUAGUCAGGUAUGGUACAUUGUGGGAUUAGGGUGGAUAUUGAGCACAAACUCAGAACCAUUUGCAGAUGGGGAAGAUUUGUCUGAGGAGAAAGCUGUUUCCAAACUUGACAGUAAUGACAAAGAAAAAAAUUCUAACUGGUACUGGUAUCCUGUUAGUGGUGCUUAUCGUCUGUAUUUGUGGGCUUUUAAAUCUUCUAAAGAAACUGCAUAAUUGCAAUUUGGAAAAAGUAAUGAGCACAAUUUAUCAUGAAAUUAUUUUCAGUUCCAGGGGGAUCAUUUGAACCAGGUCAUUUAUGGCAGCUUGUAUCUGAAUUAUUUUUCUAACAAGGUUUCAUGGAAUGUGUUUGUAUCAUGUGGUGGAAUACUGUUUCAUGGUAUCAUUGUUUUAUGUUGAGCUUGGUCAAUCUUUGGUAAAUGUAUAGCCUGUGUUCUUAGAUACUGACAAGUCUGAAGUAUUCAACAAGUGUAUUACCCUUAUUUUGUUGGUAAUGGACCUGAGGUGUUAGAUGCAGACACUGCAAAUAUUUACAGUCAGUCGGGAUUUGGAGUUUUGAAUGCUGUAACAUGCUUGUCUUAUAUCUGCUUAUAAUGUGUAUGUAUGUUGCAGUUGAGUGAAUGGUUUUUAUUUAUGUAAAAUGAUAGCAAUGUUAGUACAUGCAUAAUAUUAAGUAUAGACUUCAAUAAAAAAUUAUUAGUCAAUAAUGUAAGGCAUAAGGUAUAUGGGAGCAAAACAAAAUUUUAAAACAAUCAUAAUGACAGGAGAAUAGAAAUGCAAUGAAAAAAUAAGAGCAAUAUGGAAAUGGUAACAAUUUGUUAGAAAUUCUUCUAACAUUUUUAGAAAUUUGCCAUUGUGAUGAAAAUAAAUUUUUUAGAAAUCUGAAUAUUAGUACCGUAUUAAGUUCUCUUAAGUGGUAUAUAUAUUUUAACAAGUUUGUUAGUAUAACAGGUAAUUUUUCAUGCUGUUAUUAUCACAUGUACAGAUAGUAUGACUAUUAUUUAACUUUUUUUAUAUAUAUUUAAACAAUCUUAAAGUGAAACCUUUCCACUUGACGCAAGACUCUUAAAUAGUAAGAUGUUACAUUUUUUAACUAAUAUGAUAACUGAUAUCCUUUUAUCAAAUAAAUGAGAUAUAUAUGUAUCCUGAUUUCUGUAAAGAAGCUUUCCUGGGUUAUAUUUUUCAUUGUAGAGUACUAAAUACAAGGUAUGAUAAAAAUAAUGCUAGAACUAUUCUCAAUGUUAGCUAAGUAAGAAUAUCCACAAAACCACAAGAGGUGUAACAUAGUAAGAUCGAACACUCAUCCGUAUAAAUGAUCAUGUGAAAUCACCAAAACCCAUUACAGUAUAAUGAAUAAAUUAAAUAUUUUGAUGAAGAAAGUAAUCAGCCCCAACUUAGGACAUAGGGUAAUUCUUUUUAAUUCUGCCUAAGGAUGCCUGAUUGUCUCCCCAAUUUGAACCAGUCCCCAUAUGUAGUGAAUGCAAUGGUAAAUCCCUGUUUUUUAAAAUUUUAAACAGCAAAAGUUGAUGCAUGAAAGAGUUUGAAGAAAUUUCAGUUUAAUCCAGGUGUAUUAGAUUUCAAGACUUUGCAGUUUGCCAAAUUUAAUACUGCACGACUGGAUUAUCUCCAUAGAAUUCACAUAUGAAUCUUUAGGGCCUGCAUGUACAGUUCUAAUUAGAAAGAUUCUUUUGCAAAUAGUUGUCAUAUAGGUCUAAUUAAAUCAGUAAUUGAAUUAGUUUGCAAAUGUGAACAUCAUAAAUUUCUGUUUAUCAGUCACUUUUAUGAAAUAAGAUUAGAAGACAUAUAUCUUUCAGUUUAAACUACAGAAUACAUUUUUCCAUUAGCACCUUUUGAACUACUAUAUGAUCUUUAAUAGAUAUAUAGAAAUAUGUUUUCAUACAAGUAGGAAGAUAUGUUAUAGAGUAUUUGUACCCUACCCUUUGUAUUUUUGUUUUACUUUGGGUCAGUUUCCUUAUAAAAGAAAAAUGAAAACUUAUAGGACCACUGCAUCCAUAUUUUGUCAUUCAUGUUUUUUAUAUACUAUACAUAUAUAAAAAUUAUCCAUUUUUAUGUUACAGAAUUUUUUUGCUACUUGUUCAAGCUCAGUUUGUUUUCAUGUUUGGCCUUUAAUAUGUAGAACUGAAUAGUAAUUCUUGAAAGCAAUAAUGGAUAACUAGUAAUACUUGUAGUCCUUCCUUGAUUACCUUGCUUAGAAUCUUAUUUUUUUUUUUUUUUACAAAACACACUCCUUUAGACAUUUUUUUUUUUUUUUUUUCCUUAAAACCAUGCAUACUUAGGUAAUUGAAUUUUGGUGCCAUUUGUAGAUAUUCCUUUUUACUGUGCAGUAGUUGAAGUAAGAAUAUUGAGAGAAAAACUAAUUUGUGUACAUUGCAUAACCAUAUUGGCAUGGAUUAUGGUGCCACAACCCAGUAGUAUAUGUUUGAAUCACAUAUUAACUGCACUCUGUUUACUAACUCAUUACAUGCAUUGUCUUAAGGUCCAAAGCAAAAGAGGGCUUACUUAAAUGGUCUUUCUUUACGUUAGAAGGUUGUUUUCAAUCUUUAAGUACCGUAAUUAGCAUUGGGUAGUCUUCCAACUUGAAUUUAAGAUCCUUUUGUUACAAAGAAAAUAGUGUCGUGUGUUUUAUACACACUGCACUGGUACAUAUAUAGAAAAGUGAAACAGGAACUUGCAAGUGAAGAGCAGAAUAACAUAAAUGUCAAAGUUGUGGAAUGUAUCUGCAAACAAGAGUUUGGUAAACCAUUGCCAAAUACAGUUUGUAAGUAAGUACUUUUAGUGUAAAUGGCCAAAGGAAAACCAAUGAUGAAUUCAGUUGACAAAGUGUAAGGACAAGAAAAAAGAAUAACAAUGUAACACUAGAAUGAAGUACAAAAUUGUACAAAAACAAUGGGAUAUAAAUGAUAAACAAAAGGAUUAAGCCUACUGUGCAUAUUUAUAAACUGCAUUGAAUAAUUGUUGGCUACAUAAUUAGGAAAUGAUUGCAGAUUCAAAUGUAAUGGAACUUUGACCCUAUGUAAGUUUAUAUACUUUAAAUUUAGAUAUUUUUGAAGAGUAAUUUACUGCAUGAAGAGCCAUUUUAACCAUAUUCUUUAUAAGGUUGCCUUUUAUGAAAAAAUAAAUACAAUUUCAUUCAUUUACAUCUUAAGAUAGUUAACUGCCUGAGUUUUUGUUAGAUCUAUAUUAAACAUGAUAUUAAAAAAAUUUGAGACUAGCCACGAAUGGUGUACCAUUGGCAUUGCCUAAAGCUUUUUGUAACAUCUCACUGGUACCCAAGUUACAUUGCUUCAUCAUGCUAGAUUUAAAAUUCCAAGUGUGGAUCAGAUUAUCUGAGCAUUUAGCUGUUAUGGAAGUGCCAUUUAUAACAUAUUCCACUGCAAGGUUUUCACAGAGUUGUAGGUUUGUAUAUUUUUUUGUUUUAACCAUUUGUAAGGAUAACUGAUAUUUAUUUAACAUAAAAUUGAAGUGCUAGAUGCACAAAUGAGAUUUCUCUUUAUAUGUGAAUUAAGUGUAAGCUGUGGAGGAGAAAGUUCCACUUGAGUGUGCAUUAUAGUACUAACAUUUUCAAGUGGUAUUGUAGUACAGUACUGACCCAAGAAGAUUUUAACUAUGCAUUUAAACCAAGUAUUAUGUACAUAAUGUUAUUUUUUUGUUGCAUGACUGGCUGUUCCAUGUUGCUCUCUUUUUUUUUAAGUAUUUAAUGGUACAAGUGGUUUUUUUUUUUUUUUGCUAAGAAAACCAGAAUUUAUCAAAAGAUUUUACAAGGUGAUUCAUUUGAUGGCUGUGACAGUUAUGAAAAGUAUAUUCUUUCUCCACAUGAUGAAAACUGCUCAAAUUUACCUUUUUGUACAGAUCUGCCAAGCCCUGGUGUUUAUGAAUUGUAAAGUAAUUUGUAAAUAUUUUUUACGACAAUAAAUAUGGCAUUUGA